CCAUACUUUCGUACUUCACUCUCUUUUAUGUCAUCAGUGGCACAUUGUCAAAGUCAACUUUGCUCUUCACAAUGAACUUAAUCAUUUGAGCAUACAAAAACUUCCUCAUAUCAAACAAAGCCUUGGAUAACUGCUCGUAGAAGGCUUUGGCUCUGAAGGCAAGCUCGAAAGGGCUGUUCUUGGGCUCCACAGGGCUUGGUAACGUACACAUCUCAGAGGGUAGGAACCAAAGUUGCGCUAAAGCUUCGGACCAUACAUAAGAAGUGUGAGUACAUCGUGGCCAAAUCCUAGCCUUUUGCCUUGAGCACGUAUAUGCUUUUGAUUUGAGGGGGAAACCACCAAAUCUGGGCCGUCAAAGCUCCCAAAAACUCCAAUGGAGGUGUUCUUGGUGAUACUCGCGGCUUCCAUCGUAUCCUCCACAGCGAGGGCUUUUUCGUCUUCUCCUCGAUCACCACCUUUGCAGCACUGUCCAAGCGCAGUCUUCUGGUUUGGAGAUUCUUUCGCAGACACUGGAAACGCCCAAGCGGCAUCUCCAUUCAUUAGCGCGGCCGAGUAUCUACCGUAUGGAAUGACACACUUUGGAAAGCCUUCGAAUCGAUAUUCUGAUGGUCGCCUGGUGACUGAUUUCUUCGCUCAAGCUUUCCGUCACAAGAGCUCGCCCGGUCCUAUACUUCAAAGCCUCAACUCAAACUACGAGCACGGGAUCGUCUUUGCGGUGUCUGGAGCCACGGCUUUGAACACGAGUUACGUCGUCCCAUUCUACCUCCCUGUCCAAGUCGAUCAAUACCUUCGCUUCGUCAAGGAUGCGUAUCCUACUCCUGGAAAGUCUCACCAUCACCAUGAUAGAAAAACCAAGCUUCCUCGAAAUCUUCGCAGUGUGCUACACGUCGUCGUUGUCGGCACCAAUGAUAUCUUCGGUGCAUACAUCCGGAAGCUAAUGGAUCCUGGCAAUGUAACAGUGGUGAUCAUUCCACAGGUCAUCCAAGCGAUUUCUCACGCUAUCCAGACACUGUCCGACAGCGGUGCGAGCCAAAUCCUGGUCCUGAAUUCUUUCCCUCACGGAUGCAUGCCUUUGAUACUUAGCGUGUUUGGAGACCUGCCCAAGGACUCGCGAGGAUGCCUGUCACCUCUUAACGAAGUUGCCGAGGCCUUCAAUCGCUCCCUCUACAAGCUUGUCCAGGAUUUGAGUUCCAAGCUCAAGAACACCCUCCUCCUCUAUGCUGAUGCCUUCAAGUUCACUCUAGACGUAAUGGACAGGCCCACGGACUUUGGCUUUAGAAACGAAACCAAGACCUCGGCUUGCUGUGGAACUGGCGGGGCUUACAACUUCAACUCAACCAAGCUCUGUGGCAAAGACUUCCAACCCGAGAGCACCACUCUGAAGCCGUCCGAGUUCGUCAGCUGGGAUGGCAUCCACUUUUCCGAAGCUUUCUACGAGCACCUGUCCAAGGCCCUGCUCACUGGGAAGUACCUGGAUCCCCCUCUCGACUUCUCGGAGCUUUGCAAACUUGGCAACGUGUAGCUCAGCUCAGCCGGAGAAAUAAGUUACGCUCUCUUCUUUUUCAUGUUCCGCCACUUGUCCUUGAGAUCCUGGCCUGUUCUACUGGGAUGAAACUUUCCCAUGCCGAAUUGAAGUAUCGUUGUCCACCUGGAGCCGUACUGCUGAUAGCCUUUCUGGAAACAGUAUCAAACGUUACAAAGAAUAAAUAUCUCAUCGUUUUGAA